AUGGAUCCUGGAGCCGGGCCAGAGUCAUCUCUGACUGUCAAUGAGCAGGUCAUCGUGAUGUCCGGCCACGAGACCAUCCGCGUGCUGGAAGUUGGAGUGGAUGCCCAGAUCUCUGCCGAGGAGGAGGGCAAAGGGCUGGAGGGUGUGGCUGCCGAGGGCUCCCAGAGCAAAGACCCUGGCGAAGCUAGUGAGCCUGCUGAUGAAGCCGGGCCAGACAACCCAGACUCCUCUGCAGAGGCAACUGUGAAGUCUCUGCCGGGGAUCCCUCCGAGCCCUGCCCCUGUUGUUGCCACCUUCAGCCAAGCCCCCAGCCAGCCUCAGGCCUCGCAGACCCUGGCGCCACUAACUGUACAAGCUGCCCCCCAGGGUCAAGUGGCUGGUCAGCAGGGGCUGGCCGUGUGGACAAUUCCUACAGCAACCGUGGCCGCCCUCCCAGGACUGACAGCUGCUUCUCCCACGGGGGGAAUUUUCAAGCCACCUUUAGCCGGUCUGCAAGCAGCCGCUGUGCUGAACGCCGCCCUCCCGACACCCGUACAAGCUGUCCCACCGCCGGCACAGGCCUCCUCGCCCAGCCAGCCCCGGCCAGCAGCCCAGGCCCAGACGCUGUUCCAGACCCAGCCGCUGCUGCAGACCGCGCCUGCCAUUGUCCCGCAGCCCACUGCUGCGGCCGCGGCUGCCCCCACGCCCAAGCCGGUGGACACCCCCCCACAGAUCACCGUCCAGCCCGCGGGCUUCGCGCUGAGCCCAGGAAUUAUCAGUGCCGCUUCCCUCGGGGGACAGACCCAGAUCCUAGGUUCCCUCACUACCACUCCGGUCAUUGCCAACGCCAUUCCCAGCAUGCCAGGGAUCAGCAGUCAGAUCCUCACCAACGCUCAGGGACAGGUUAUUGGAGCCCUUCCGUGGGUAGUGAACUCGGCUAGCGUGGCAGCCCCAGCACCGGCCCAGAGCCUGCAGGUCCAGGCUGUGACACCCCAGCUGUUGUUGAAUGCCCAGGGCCAGGUGAUUGCAACCCUGGCCAGCAGCCCCCUGCCUCCACCCGUGGCUGUCCGGAAGGCAAGCAUGCCUGAGUCCCCUGCUAAGAGUGAGGUACAGCCCAUCCAGCCCACGCCAGCCGUGCCCCAGCCUGCGGUGGUCAUCACCAGCCCGGCCCCAGCGGCCAAGCCAUCUGCCUCUGUUCCCAUUCCAAUCACCUGCUCUGAGACCCCUACUGUCAGCCAGCUGGUAUCCAAGCCACAUACCCCAAGUCUGGAUGAGGACGGAAUCAACUUGGAAGAGAUCAGGGAGUUUGCCAAGAACUUUAAGAUCCGACGGCUGUCCCUGGGCCUCACGCAGACUCAGGUGGGUCAGGCUCUGACUGCCACGGAAGGCCCAGCCUACAGCCAGUCAGCUAUCUGCAGGUUCGAGAAGCUGGACAUCACGCCCAAGAGUGCCCAGAAGCUGAAGCCAGUGCUGGAAAAGUGGCUGAAUGAAGCCGAACUCCGGAACCAGGAAGGGCAGCAGAACCUGAUGGAGUUUGUGGGAGGUGAGCCCUCCAAGAAACGCAAACGCCGCACCUCCUUCACCCCCCAGGCCAUAGAGGCUCUGAAUGCCUACUUCGAGAAGAACCCGCUGCCCACAGGCCAGGAGAUCACCGAGAUUGCUAAGGAGCUCAACUAUGACCGGGAGGUGGUGCGGGUCUGGUUCUGCAAUCGGCGCCAGACGCUCAAGAACACCAGCAAGCUGAAUGUCUUUCAGAUCCCUUAGGGCUCAGCCCCCAGCCCUGCGUUCCAGCACUUUGUACUUCUCCCUUGGCACCUGGCUGCAGCCACCGCCGUGACAGCACCUGUCACAGUGUGGCACGCAGCUGUGCUUGUCCUGGGUCGCGAGACUCCACCGUGUGCAUGUGUGUCCGCUGCCUCCCUCCUCUCCUCCACGUAUCUCAC